GAAAUGUUUUCAAUAGCACAUGGAAACCAAUAUGGUCACUCUAUACGCUCCCGUGAUCACUAAUUUCAAUUUAUUUUUCGCCCGCGCAAACGAACGACAGCGAUUUUACGAUGUUAUUUUUAUCUUGCGAACCUGAAAAGAAGUGAAGAGCGGCUUUUUUUCUUGCACGACAAAAAUGGGCAUUAGCAAGCCCACCCCGUUCGGGGGAAGUUGUUCUCGCCUGAACGACAAACUUAAAAGACCGCUGGCAUUUUUGGAUUUUUUUCAUUCCUGUAAAUCCCAAAGCAAUGAACGACUCGGGUUGUGCUUGUGUUUGCGCGCAGAAGCAGCACAAGCUUUUUCUUGAAACAAAUAGUAAAUUACAGUCGAAGUAGUAGUUUAUCAAAAGUUGCUCCGGCGUAGUCUUGACAAGCCCUAACACGUAGCUCUCGAUUCAGCGCUUCUUGUUUUCAUACACUGAUAACAAUUUUCUUUUGCGUUUGGCGUUUCACUUUCACGUACAUGUCUCGUGCCGAAGAUCUAUUUUACUGUACUGAGUGUUAACCAGCGGGUGGAGCCGAGUUUUUGUGCCAGGAUUUUGCCAGGUGCACGGGACGCCAGUUCCAGAGAUUCAUUGCGUUACGCGUGAAACGCCGUGACCCCAGCAACGUAACACAAACGCCAUUAGAGCUUGCACAAGGAGCUGACACCACUUUCUAACAAGCAGUUCUCGAUCAUCUUCGACUUCGGCAGAGGUCUCAUCAAGAACGUGGCACAUCUAGCCAAUUCAUUAGUAGUGACAUCACGAGGAGGAGCAGGACCAGGAGCAAUUUGCGUUUGACCUUGGACGUGACCAGCUACCUUUUGACACGAAAAAACCCUGUAUUGUGUCAGGCCCAUGUAUUCUUCUUGGAGCGAUGACGAGAAAAAAAAACGAUCUGCAAAAGCACAAGCACAUUUCGGAAAGAAAAGCCAACAAAUGGUAUUCGCUUGCAAUAUUUUCCUCUGUUUUUUUGUUUUUGACAGUCGUGGUUGACUUUUUUUUUCCUACACAGACAUAGGCGAGCCGCGCAGCUGAAGGUGGUGCGUCUACUCUUUGCUUGCGGCUUCAAUAGUUCGAGCGGCAAGAAAAUUCAUUCGAUUUUCAUUUCCGAUGUGCGCUGCUUCCUCAACUUGAUUUUAUGUCAUUCUCACCACAGGCGAGAAAUUUGGGGCGCAAGCUUCAAGCCAAUGCCGACCAGAUUGUGUACGGACCGAAAAUCUGUUCGCGGACUCGUGCCCUUGCUUUGCAGUGCCUGCUGACGAUCUUGUGUGUGUAGCGGGAGUAUUCGACUCCUACUAGCGGGAGUAUGAUUCGAGUCCCACACGCACAAAGCGUUAUUAGCGUCGUCGGCAGCACUGCAAAACCAGAGGAGGAGUUAAUUUUUUCAUUUUAUAAAUGAGAGCAAGGCGAUCGCGAUCGCGCCAAAGUUCUCGGUAAGCAACACUGAUCGAUUAUAUAAUUUUCAUACAUAUGAAUAUCAAUUUGUGCUCUUCUCAUGAUAUUGACUUCAGAACGGAAUACACCGAAAAGCGUUCUUGUAGUUGUAACGAGAAAACCUUUUGCAUAUCCUGGUGUGGCCUCCCGGAUUCCAUUUUUUUCCCCAGAAGAUGAAAGCAUUGGACUUCGUCAUAUUAUCUGAGGGCCCUUUGCACCGUACGGCCUUGUGAUUUCCGCACGAUUUGUUGGCCGUCCUAGGGGAAAACGUGCACACGAGGAAAGGCCAUGCACUCACCCAGAAAGAAUUCAAGUAAGAACUGUUCCGAAGGCAUGGCUCGCAGGAUCAUCGUCCGCCGCACCACAGUCAUAGCUUCGAUUAUGUAGCGCCAACGAAAACGAUUAAGUACGUUCGUUGAGUUUUCAUCAAGUCUUGCAGCGCACUGAAUAAAAACCUGCGCUCAGUAUUUGUAAAUAAAGAAUACCGCACGCGCACCGCUCCCACAGGUGAAGUAAGUAUCUCAGGAGAAGAAUCGAUCGCUUGAUGACUUUUAUAUGCUCGUGGAUCGACCGAACGAAUGUCUCGAUUAUGUGGCAGAAGUUGAAAAGUUCGUUGUAACAGAGAAUGCAGGACACGAGUAAAAACGCUAGCUCUAGCCCUCUCGUUCUGGUGUCUCAGGAAUACAACCGCCGACUAGAUGUAGGAGGAGAAGAUCACACUGUGUCUGCAGAGGCAGUAGUGACACAUCCAUGGCUUAUGUAUCUUCAGUGGAGGAACACGAACAGGAAGAGCAUCGCGACCAGGCUUAGAGGGCAAGAACCAGAAUGAAUAUUCAGAAGAAACCUUUUUACGAGAAAUAGAAGAUUCCAGCAGGAAUGAUGACUCGCUGCAAUCACGUAUCAAGAUGAAAGCAAUAGGACUGGGGCAAUACUUGUUCUGGAGCUGACGGUCUGCAACAAAGCUAAAACAAACACAAAGCAAUUUGGAUUUGCACAAAGAAAUGGACGUCAAAUAAACUUUUUGAUGCGUAGUACCCGAUGUACAACCAUGAUAGUACGCGAAGUAGUCCGUACUAGCUUCUCCCUACCGCUGUUACCAUUUGCCGGCUUUCACCUUGAUAUGGGUGAUUUAUCACACGUUAUUUAAAAGGCGCACCACCGCCAGGAGAGGAUGAGCGGCGCUCCAGGAGCGGUCGGCGCGGUGGAAGAGAGCGAGACCGCGACCGAAACCGCGAAAGAGAUCGCGAAAGAACCGCUGGUGGGCGAGACCUCGAGCGCGGGCGACACCAGUCGACGAACAAUGACCGGGCUGGUACCGAAUAGUUUUACAUUUUUUUUCUUGCGCAAAUGAAUAAAUAAAAAAAAAAAAAACCUCCCGGUCUCGUCUGUUUCGGUAUCGGUGGGCAAAAAGGAAUGCACACUACUUCCUUGUCUUUUAGUUUUUUUCCUUGAAAUUGCAAGACGGUCUCUUUCGAAAUCAGGUAACGAGGAAUACGACCGCGAGCGGCGCAACGAAAAGUCUCGCCGCGAUCGUGAAGCGAAUCGUCGGCGUUCGCGCGACCGGGAGCGCGACCGUGGCGGAAGAGGUGACCGCGACGAACUCACGGGAGCGCAAGACCACAGUCGAACCGGCAGUGUUGCACCUACGGGCGGGAGUGCCUCUGGAGCGAAGACGGACCGUGGCCAGAACAAGUACCAGAAUCAGCGGGGCAGCACGCGGGAUUUCGAUCGACAGGAGCGCGGCACGGGAAAAACGACUCUAUCGGAGUACAGUAGAAAAGAUAACACCUCUAAAAACUCUGCGUCCUCUAAUGACUACUACCAAGCUGCACCCACCAGUAGUGGAAGUAGUGGGCACCAGCAGCACCCGGCCGCUGGUGCGAGCGAUUCUUCUCUGGGAGGUGCGGACAAGAGCAAGCGCGGAAAAAGCGAAAAGCAGCCCGUGGUACCUGCUUCGAAAAAAGAAAACGAAGCCGAACGAGGACGGCUGGCCAAGCUGCGGGACGACGCGAAAAAUAAACAGGGUGACAAAGCGAAAGCCGGCAGCGGGGAGGCUCCGACGUCAUCGGCUAUGUUGACGGCUUCUAAGAAGAACAAAGGUGAGGACAAAAAAUACGCGCACAAGGACACAGGCUCCACUAGGGCAGAGAAAGAGCAAAAUAAACCGAAGGAUGCCGAUAAAUUGUCGUCAAAAGCAGGAACGUCGAAAGAUAAGGCUGAGAAGCUCACUGCUCGGGAACAGGAGCCGGAAAACAAGGUGUCUAGCAAGGACAAGGAUAGGAAGAGAGCCAACACCGGUACCAAAGCCGCGACGCCGUCCUCGAAAAAAGAGAAAGAGAAGGAGCAGGCGAAGGUUGUCGUGAAGGAUGGAAAAAAAGAUGAUCCCAUGGAUGUUGAUCACGAUGACGAACUUGAGUUUCAAGACACCUCCCGGCGCGAUAAGAGGAAUAAGCGAGACAGGGAGAAGAAGGAGAAGCGGCGGGGGUCCGACAAGUCCGCCAAGAAAAAGGACAUAUCAACUGUAAAAAUGUCUGGGUCUGGAAGGUUGCAACUUCUCAUGCUAAAUCCGUAUCAUGCAAAGAUCUGUGUUGCAUGAUUGCCAAAAGCUGUCCACUUUCGACCAAGUUGGGAGGGAGUUUCUCAUGCAGGAUAGGCAUGAAAGAGACCUGGCAGACUCUGUCAUGCUAGGUCCCGCAUUCCAGACCUCAAGGGCCAUGGAAAACCUGCGUGACAAGUUCACACUCUUCCAGACCCAGACACUUUUGCAUUUCAUAGGACACGAACGACGACAAAAACCGCGCCGUCUCCCCGGAUCGCGAGGAGCGCAAAGCGCGCAAAGAUGCUGCGAAGAAGAAUGAUGACGACGGGACGGCGAAUAAUACUAAAUCUGCUCGGAGUGUCGAGGACAAAACUACUGCGCGUCUCGAGAGGGAGAAGGAAAGGAAGAACCAAGAUAGAGCUGCAAAGAGGGACCAAGAGAAAGAAACGGCGUCGGCGAAAAAUAAACGAGCAGCUUCGCCUCCCCAAGGGCGGAGCGGCUCAUCCGCAAAGACCCGUCUCGCACCGCCUGCCGUCCCGGCGAUGCCUUCAUCAUCCAGCAGCGCUGCGGGAAGCUCCACCGGCGUCGUUCUCACCAAGCGGAGCGAUGUGGUGCUCGAGAAGAGACGGAGCGCUGGCCGGGAUCGACGGCGAGAGCGUCGAAGAUCCAGCCCUGACCAGCGAAAAAAAUCCGGACGCGAGCCUCCGCGGGCGGACGGAAGUUCGGCCGCCGGAGUGGCACCGCCGAAACUACUGACAGCUUCUGGUGCGCCCACAGGUGUCCCGGGGUCGGGUACUACGGACAACGCAUCUUCUGGAGCCGGGACUGCGCAGGUGAAAAAGGCUGUCCUUUCUCCGCGCGACCCGGACGGAGUGCUCGCGAAUGGCAGUAACAUCAACAAGAGUGGUGCACCACUGGAACAGGCAAAUAAACCCAAGGUGAUUUUGACUCCGAAUCCUGCCGCGGUUUCGUCCCGGGAGAACACGUCAAUCAAUAAAACAAGGCGUGAUCACCAGGAACAAGAAGAAGAGGAGGACGAACUUGUCGACGUGUCGCUGUCUAAGAUAAAACCGCGGAAAAAAAAGCGCGACCGAGAAGAUCGGGACCGCGAACGGGAGCGCGCGACCGGGGGAGUGCGAGCAGAAGGGAAGGAGCGGGACCACAAUAAUGUCCGGGACCGAGGAGUCCGAGGGGACCAACACCGGCGGGAAAGUAACCGAACGGGCCCAGGUGACCGGCCGCGCCGAGUUGUGACAGCUCCCGACAUUCAAGUGUCCUCCGGAAGUCGAGCGGCAUCCGCAGCCGAGGACAUGGUAGACCACGAGGCGAAAAAGAAGAGAACCGAGAAAAAGCAUACCGCACAAGACAAAGGACCACGUGUUGGCACAACAUCAGCAACGGGUGCAAAUAAAGUCGCGCCAGUGUUGAGUAAUGGCUCGAUCGCAGCAAAUGACGCGCCCAUUCAGGCCUUGAGUAAGAAAAUGGAGAAUAAGCAAAGUGCUAAAAAUCAUGCGCCGGCUGGUGCUUCUUCUUCUUCCCCAGAAGACGUUGGGUUAUUGUCCAGUUCCAUAACGCCAGCUGCCGAAAAGAUGAAGGGCGAGCAUCAUGUCCCGGUGAAGCUAGAGCCCGCUCGCCAGACUGCAGCUGCUGGGACGACGACAAAGGGAAAUGUUGAUACAAAUUCCAAUGGAGCUGCUGCUCCGGGGCCAGCGUCCAACAAGGCCCUCGGGCCGAUUGCCGGCGCAGCUUCCGGCGCUAAGCCAGCUCCAUCGGGUGCGCGUUUGCUUCCGCCGGCCUCGCGCAACCGGGCCAACGACCGGGAGCACCGGGCCGGUACAACUACACGCCGAGGCGACCGCUCCCCGCGACCCCGUUCCCGUGGCCGGCGGUACAACAACCGAAGCAAGGACCGGCGGUACAACCACGACAACGAUCACAACUACAAUCCCCCGCGCCGCACCCGUAGCAAGGACGGCGACGAGCGCCCGGCGGGCCGGCACGGUGGCCGGCCGCGGGACGACGAUCGGCCGAGCAGCCGGGGUCGCCACGUGCACGAGCAGUCAAAGGGCCGCCGGCGGUCCAGAGACCGGCGAGACCGAGACCGUUCCCGGGAUCGACGUGCCAACCGUGACUCGCGAGGGGAGGAUCACCGCCGUGUUGCUGACCGGGAGCGCUCCAUGCGACACCGGCGGAGUCGUUCCCGGAGAGGCCACAGGGAACCCGAGCGUGAGCGGCGUCGCGAUGCCCCGACCACCCGCAUCGCUCCGGCAGCUGUCAAUCAAUUUCUUGUCUCGAAGAAGCCACUGAAUUUAGAAGAUCACAGGUACUACUGCGAUACAUCAGUACUGUAAAAUGUUUCUGUCGUCUCAUCUCCCUUCAAGCAUAUUGCAUAAGCGUCCAAGUCAGCACUGUAGUUGUCUCUUUGCUUUUCCUUUUGUUAUACUUUUACUUUUGCAGAAAUGUUUGAAAUGGAAUUUUGUUAUCGUAAGAAUCCCGCACUCUCAAAAAUUGCAGGGAACUGCUGCUGUACAUGUUCGGAUUUAUCGGCGACAUCCCCACGCCUUUCAACCUUGACGAGAAAGGGAUGGAAAAUUAUUCCCGCACGGAGGGAGUCAAGCUCUGUUCCGCGGAGGAGUACAAGCUGGCCGUGGAUCAGGGGGCGAAGCUGGCCAAUCGGGAGAAGAACCCUCGCGUGGUGAAUAUUGUCGAAAAAAUGCGACUGUUAGGUCCCGACCCCCAGAACGAUCCCGUGUAUGUGCCGCGCAUUGGCAAAGGAAAGUUUUUUCGCAAAGAUCCGUGUGUUUCGACCGCACUUGUUUCUACAUCGACAAUCAACAAAGCUGGAAAUACCCCGACCCCGAAGCCCUCCGUGCCCAAACCGGGUCAACAGCUGCCAAGCUCCACCGGGGCGGGGAGCGCAGCAACAACGAAAGCAGCGACUUCUGUGUAUUCAAAAUUGAACCCCGUAGUUCCGGCCCCCGCAACAAACACGACAACCAAAGGAGCCGCACCUUCAGGCGCAAAAGCCGAAGCAGGUGGGGCGCCACCCACGGCGAAAGGCGACACCACCAGCGCUGCGGUGACGACAGCAGGCAAGCAAGGCGCAACGGGCACGACCGCCACGGGGAAGGGCACAGUGGUCGUGAAGGGCAAGGGAAAGGGAAAGAAGGGGAAAAAGGGCAUUGAUGCCGCGACGCGGGAAAAGCUCUUGGCGACUUCGAAGGUGCUGAACCGCGACGGCAAGCUGAAAGCCCAAAGCAGUUUUGACCAGGAGAAGUCGGAAGGCCAAGGAGCUGCUGAUUCGAAAAACAAAGACAAGAAAAAAGACCCUGUUGAUGUGUCAAAGGACGGCACGAUGGCAGAGAAGGAUGCUCCUGCAGCAGAUGGCAAAGUAGACAAAAAAGCCUUGGAUGUUGAUACGAAGGAAGGUAAAAACAAAAAGAAGAAGACCUACGCAAUGGACGAAGACAGUUCGGAAAGCUCUCCCGACAACAAAAAGCCCAAACUGGCAGCGGUCACGUCGGAAGACAAGGUUGGCAACAAGAGCAGCGGCACCGCCUCGGGCGGCGUUAACAGUGUGGGCGUGAAAAGUGGCGUGCAGAGCGGGGCGAACAAGUCGGAUCCGGUGCCGAAGCUCGGCGGCCCGCUGUCCGGCAUUAUCAGCGAAAGAGGACUCCAUCCGCCGAGCAAAGCAGAUUUGGAGGCCCUCGGCAACGAACUUCGUGGGCCGGCGUUUGGUGUUGCAACGGGGACGGCCGGCAGCAGCGGGAGUGGCAUUGCCAGUCAGAACGCCCCCUCGUUUGGAGAGCGCGAACGCCCGGUGAAGGAGAAGAAGGCGCCUACCGUGGCAGGCUGCGAAACUCCUCCACCAAGCGCUCCCGCGCCAAGUCGCAAACAAAGAGGCGGCCCGGUUAUUGCGGGCUGCGAAACGCCACCGGCUGAUGUCUUCGAAACCCGAGGGCGGGGCCGAUCUCCCAAGAAGAAUAUCUCAACUGGGCAGUGGGUUACCAUCGAAAAGGGUGCUGAUACGCUACCGAAGAAGCCCGACAUCGUAUUUGGAUUUACUAGGUUAUUGAUGGUUUUGUAUUUGUUGCAGCAAAAAUCAGUGCGAGCCUGAUGCCAUCAUAUCGCGAAUGUGAUGAGACUUUGCAGAAUCAUGAUGAUAAAGACGAUACAACUGCUUACCAAGGCUGAUAUCCUCGGUGAGGAGAAACCUCCAUCUCAUCGCCAGAACUGAUAGAAAAUAUAGACGCAUUCGCUUCCACUUAAGACCUUCCAUAUUUUUUAUGUUCAUGUUGAUUAUUGUAUGCACCAUUCUCGACGUGUGGCAUUCUCGUGGGGAUGUGGUUGUGGACCCCAACGGCUUCCAUGUCGCUUGCGAGAUCAAUUAAUUGAUUAAAACAAAUCAGUUUUCGUUGCGACACGCGUGCGUGUGGACGGACCAGGUUCCGGCUGAAUUCGAGACUGCAUCGCUCUAUGAGGGUUUUUUAGCAUCCGAUCUGCGGAACCGCUGGUAUCAGGGAACCAAGUUUGCGCCCGCGGGCAACGCCGGCGAUGAAAAUUCCGAUGACAGCAGGUCGCGUUCGCGGUCCUCGUCUCGGUCUCGCUCCUCCCGGUCGUCAUCCUCCUCCCGCAGCCGGCGUCGAGCGCGCAGCGGAUCGAGCUCCAGGUACUUGUUACCUUCUGACGUUUACUAGUGUGCAAAACUCGUUUGGAUAGCAACUUUUUCGCGGUGUAGUUUUCUCGUAGCCAAGUAGAAGCUAUUUGUUUUUACGAGACUACUUCAUCCGAGCAUUGUUACUCAAGUUCCCUCUUGCCCCCCGUGAAUAAGAAAUCUCCAUCUUUUUUCGUCGACCAGGUCCAAAUCUUCCCGCUCGUCACGUUCGCGGUCUAGCAGAAGUUCACGAUCACGCAGCUCGCGUUCCCGUUCCGACAGUUCCCCUAUCCUCAGUAAAAACGUCUCUUCCCCCAUAUUUGCUCAUAGAAAUCUGCAUGCCUAAAAUGUUGCCCAUGCGCAGCCCCGUGCGGACGCAGAGCAUUUUGGAAUGCAGUCUGGGCAUCAGGAGAAGAUGAUAACGAUCGAUUUGUGAGACAGACAGACUUGACUGCAAUAUUAGCUAACCACAAGGACUUCGCAACUGAUCCAAAGUUUUGAAUGCGCAACAGCUAAGAUGUGGAUGACUCUUUGGCGUGUGUAGCAAAACUGCCAGCUAGCCUGUAUAUGGGGUGCAGACGUUUUCACUGAGGAUAUUCCGGUCGGGCUCGCGAUCCCCUAGUCGCGCAGCGGCCUCGUCUGCGCAGGAAGUAGACGGUCCUUCCGCGCAGGGUGGGUCUGCACCUGCCACCAACGCUGAUGGCGUGCGAGCAAACGAAACCGAAGGAGCCGCUCUGCCGGCGGAGGCAGCGCUCCGCGGCGCUCUGCAAACCUACGACGACGAGCUUUGAGGAGCCAUGAGUCGUUCCUCGUUGUUCCUACACGAAAAAAACGCCCUUGUUGUUACCCUCGUCUUCCGCAACUUCUUGUUGCUUUUCCCGAGUACCUUCGACGGAGCUGCUACUUGUGUAUAGAUACGAGGAGCUAGUCAACGUAAAACGCGGGAUCUUCUUGGUUUAUAUACGGAAGUUUGUGCUGAAGAGCGAAUAUUCAAUACGCGUAGAAAACUACAGUCUAUAUACAAACAACUUCGAAAAACAGCACAACGAUCAAAUUGACGUAGAAUGUCAAGCCUCGAUAUCGAUAUCCAACGACAACUGGAAACAAGCCUUCAUUUGAUACUUCUUUCUACUCGACCAAAAAAUGAACGGCAGCGAAGUGGGCGUUGUCAUGAAGAUACCUCAUGGCUCUUCCUGUACAUCCAAGGUUCUUUGACUAAGUAAUGACUUUGCGUAUCACAAUAUGUCGGACCUGUCUUCUAUAAGUACUUGCACUUCAUCUUGCUAAGGCUAUAUUCUUCCCGCUGCACGACGACGACAACCUUGUCACCUGAAUUUUGGCAAGGGCGACUAUCUGAUGUUGCGUUUUCUCUAAAAACGUACCUACGGGGUGUACAACGAACUACAACAAAGCAUGCGUGCACUACUACUACCUGCGUCCGGAACUACGCUAAAAAUUCGCAGACCCUCUCAAAGUGGACAAGAAUGGCGUGGUUGCUUGCGGAGUGCGAAUGAACAAGGAAAUGACUAUAGGCAGUUGGAUUGAGCUCAGCAACCACAAAAUCCUGAAUUCCACCCUAUUUUGGCGACAACAUCCACCAACAAUUAUAACCACUUCCAGCACGGGGUCCUUCGUGGCAACAAGCAUGGAUGAAUGACUAAGGCGACGCCGAUGCAGCUGCUUCCAUCCCGGAGGUUCUGGAUUUGCUAUAUACCAACUAAGUUGUACUUGUACAUCUCACACUGAUAUGUUUUGCGACUCAAUGAAUUCUUGAUAUAAUCGUCUGCUCAGAUAUGCUCUCUACGUAUUAAUUUAACGGAGCGCGAGCGCCACGCCCUUGUUGAAU